AUGAUGACAAUACCGAUGGCGGAGUUGGAGAUCGACGACGUGGCCUUUCUCACCGGUGCCGACAGCAACGGACACAACGACAGCAACAAGUCGUCCGCCUGCGGGCGCGGCCUAUGCGGCGCCCGUCAUCACCACCGGUCCAAUCAGACACAUUCGGUGCUCAAUUGGCGCAAAUCAAACGUGUUAACUAUGGGCCUGUGUUCGCUGCUCGUCAUCACAAUCAUCGCCUUAAUCAUAGCCUUUUUCCCCUUUCACAACCAGUGCUGGUCCGGCCAGUUGUCCUCAUCGGACACCCGGUCCGCUGCGGCCAUCAACGACAGCGCCGACGACAAUAGGCUUAACGACGGCAGCGGCGACACAUCGCAGCCCCUGAUGGCCACCAACGGUGAACUGUUCCCGUGGCCGGACAUACGUCUGCCGGCGUUCAUAGUGCCCGUGCGGUACGAGCUGUCGAUGCGGCCCAAUAUGACCACUUUCUACAACACGGGCAGCGUUCAGGUGUGGCUGUCGGUCACCCGGCGGACCGACUUUCUAGUCAUCCACACCAAGAAGCUCAACAUCACCGAAAUACUGGUCACCGAUUUGGUCCGCGAGGCUCGCGUACCGGUCGUCCGGCAUCUGGAGUGUGUCCAGAAUGAGCAGCUGUUCAUCGGUUUGGGCGGACAGUUGACUCCCGGCCGUAAUUAUACGCUUUGGUUGACGUUUGAGCGCCAACUCGAGGAACAGUUGGAGGGCUUUUACGUGAGCACCUAUACGGACAGUAUGACUGGCGCCAAGAAGUCACUGCUCACCACUCACUUCCAGCCGACGAGUGCCCGCUCGGCGUUUCCCUGUUUUGAUGAGCCGGCCCUGAAAGCCUCGUUUUCGAUGCAACUGAUCCACGACAAGGCGUUCGAGGCGUUCUUCAACUCGGAAAAGUCCACAGACCUGCCCGUCGAUGGCGAUGGGCUGAUAAUGUCUGUGUUCGAGCCAACGGUUCCCAUGUCCACCUACCUUGUUGCGUUCAUCGUAUGCGACUUCAACACACACACCACCACCACUCGCGAGGGAGUGAACAUCAGGGCAGUGGUGCCGCGGGAACAGGACUCUCAGGCCGAUUACGCGCUGCGGUCGGCCGCCGCCAUCCUGAGCUACUUUCAAGACUUUUUCAACAUCACAUACCCGUUGAGCAAACUGGAUCUGGUGGCUGUGCCCGACUUCGCCGCCGGCGCGAUGGAGAACUGGGGUCUCAUCACUUUCCGCACCAGUGUUUUGCUAUACAAUGAUAACGAAAGCAAUAGCGAGACUCAGGAACAGACGGCCAUUGUUGUCGCUCACGAGUUGGCCCACAUGUGGUUCGGCAAUCUGGUCACAAUGGACUGGUGGGACGACCUCUGGCUUAACGAGGGUUUUGCCUCCUAUAUGGAGAAUCUGGGCGUCAAUUACAUACACCCGGAU